AUGGAGCUGAGCUUCGGCUUGUUUCCAAUCCUUUCUGCGUUCACACUGUUGGUAUUGAUGAUUCUGAAACUAUUGAAGCAAUCUAAACCAAAGUUACCUCCAGGGCCAUGGAAGCUUCCUGUUAUAGGAAGCGUUCUUCAUCUUGCUGGAUCACUUCCACACCAUCGCCUAAGAGACUUGGCAGAUAAACACGGAGCUCUGAUGCAUCUCCAGCUUGGAGAACAUUCUGUUUUUGUCGCCUCAUCACCCGAAACAGUAAAACAAGUGAUGAAAACACAUGAUGCCAUUUUUGCAAAUAGGCCUUUCCAUCUUUCUGCGUAUGUGAUGGGAUAUAAUGGUGCAGGCAUCAUGUUUUCUUCAUACGGGGAAUACUGGAGGCAGCUCCGUAAGAUUUGCACUUUGGAGCUUUUGAGUAGUAAGCAAGUCGAGUCAUUUGGAUGGGUAAGAGAAGAAGAGGUGUCAAAAUUCAUCAACUCCAUUAGUGAAGGAUCAUUCAUUAAUCUUGGAAAGAGUCUCUCAUCCCUAAUCUAUGGGAUCACUGCAAGAGCGGCUUUUGGUAAAAAAAUGUAA